GGGGGGGGGGUGCAGCCUGUCCUGUGUCCUCUCUGUUUGGAAUGUGGGAAAAUCAGUGCCAGGAGUCAGUCAGCCUGCUCACUAGGAGGUGGGAAUGCAGUUGUUAACAGUCACAAAUCCAUUAAUUCUGAGACUGGGCUUCUCUGGUCUGUGAUGCAUCUGCACAGUCUGGACUAAUUUCCUAUCCCUGGCUCCUCGCCAGGGAGAAAUUUCUGCCCUAGGAGGGGAUGGAGAGGAAAUGAUGGCUUGGUCUGGAAGCACAGUAGCUGAAUUACCAUGUGCACAGGGUUAGUUAGCAGAGCUGGUCACCUCAUCCCAGGGUUCUCCAGGUGCAGUUUGGGAUGUUGCCUCCAUAGGAUCCUUAGCAAGUGCAGCAGUGGGGAAGUGACUGGGUACAUUGUCCUUGCUGAGAAUAUUCCCUUCACCUCCUUGAAAUAGCUGUUGACCAGCCCUGAAGUGUUAUUUAUUAGUAGGAUUUUUUAUAAAUUCUGACUGUAGAAAUAAACAGCUUUCUGGUGGUAAAGCUGCUCUUGGAGUGAAAUGUCCAUGGAAAAUGUCCUUAGCGAUACACAGGUGUCUAGAUGCUCUCUUGGGGGGUUCCUUGCAUUGUCCCCAAAUCUGUGAUGCAGAAUUUCAUUGGAGAACAGCAGUUGGGAUGAGGUGACUCAUCCCAGCCCCAUGUGCCUUUCCAGGGACCAGCUCCCUUCCCUGGCACUACCUCGGGCAGGUUUAGGGCACAAUUGCAGAUCCUAGGGCUCCCCUUGGAGCUCACACACACAGCACCAGGACCUGAGAGCUCCUCUCCAGCCCCAGCAGCUCCUCUCCAGCCUCCAGCCCCAUCAUUCCCUGCCUUUUCAUCCCUGUACUGGGUGGGGAUCGAUCCAUAGUCCCCAGGGAUGGGGUGAGUGGUGUGGCAGCUCCAGUGCUGGCUCUCUGGAGCACGGACGGGCUCCAGCCUGGGACUCUCACAGAUUGUAGCCUGCUCAGGGAAAUCUGUGCUUUCUGAGGUGUCAAAUGAAUACAAGGCUUUGCAAACGGUGAGUAAGGGUUUAAUGCUUGUUUUGUCUCUGGGAUUUGUUGUGCUGUGUGUGCAAAAUGAGGGUGACAGAGUCGCAGUGGCUUCCCUGGUUCUCUGUCUCCGCAUGGCUUCUCCUCCUGGCGAGCUCCGAGACAGCUGCUCUGGGAAUCAAUUGAUUUGCUACUAAAAACCUAAACUGGGAUCACUGAUCUUUAGUAAAACCCCCUUAAACAGCAUAUUUUGGUUCGGUGGUAACUUGUGUGCAUUAGAGGGAAGAAUUCCUGACCAGUUUGAGCCCAGUUAGUGGGAUUUUGGCGAGGAAAGGCUUUAAAUGCUAUUUAACAAAGUGCAUAAGGAAUGUUGCGGGGUUUUUCCAAAGCAGAACUAGGCUGCCACAUCCAAACACUGUUCUCCUUGUGGAAUCACCCCUGUGGUCGGCCCUGAAGGAAGCUGAGGGGGAAAACCAGGAGAAGGAAUGGGAAAAUAGGGGGUGGUCAGGAUUUUUGCAAGAGGAAAAGAGCUGGAAUUUUAUUAUCCUUUUAUCAUCCUUUUAAUCAUCAUUUUGGUAUAAUUUUAUCAUCAAUCUGUGUAGUGAUCAACAUGCUUUUGAGUAAAAUUUCUGUUCUGGUGGAAGAUGGGGUUGGAAGGAGAUGAUCUUCAAGGUCCCCUUCCAAUCCAACCCAUUCUAUGAUUCUGUGAAGAUGUUCUUUGCUUUUUAUUUUAAAUGACACAACUGAAAAUCCGACAUCAGAAUCCUUGUUUGAAAAAGGAAUUUGUUGCUUUUUCUGAACUGGAACCAAAGAAAGAGAUUUGUUUAUUAUUUUUUCCCGAAUAGACAUAAAAUUUAAACUAAAAUUUCCUGUGCCCAGUGUUAAGCUUAAAAGGGAAAAAUAUUUCUUCCCUUUUCUCUAAGGAAAUUUGUCUCCCUGUUUUUUGGGAGGAGAUCAGUGUGUCCUCAACGUGUGCUCUUAGUACAAACACCUUUUCCUAUUUCUGCCCUGGAAAUAUUGGGAAUCUGCAUUAAUUGGUUUUGGUAUUAAUUUAGUCAUUGAUCCAGGUUUGAAGGCUUGGUGUGCAAUUUUUCCAGUUGUAGCCAUUCCAUUAAAUUUUAAUGCCUGGACAACAUGGAUACGUUGGCUGGGAUUGUGUUCCUGCUUGUGGCAAUGAUGGAUUUUAUGGUGAAAAUUCAAAAUGCGGCUGUUUGGGUUUUCCAAAGAGUUUGUGAAACCCAUAUGAAAUGAGGUGAGUGAUUUAAAUGAGGUUUACCUCCAUGAUCCAGAGGUAAACUGAAUCACUGGAAUAAUGAUGGAGAGACUGCUGUUGAAUCUGGAUCUCCAGGGACAUCCUUUGCUGUGGGAGGGAGAGGGCGUGGAUGUGGGAUGUGUUCCCACGAGGAUGUGGGGUGUGUUCCCAUGUGGGUGUGGGAUGUAUUCUCAGUGGAUGCGGGAUGUGUUCCCAUGUGGAUGUGGGAUGUCUUCCCAGUGGAUAUGGGGUGUGUUCCCAUGUGGGUGUGGGAUGUAUUCUCAGUGGAUGCGGGAUGUGUUCCCAUGUGGAUGUGGGAUGUCUUCCCAGUGGAUAUGGGAUGUAUUCCCACAUGGGUGUGGGAUGUGUUCCCGUGUGGAUGUGGGAUGUGUUCCCAUGUGGGACGUGUUUCCAGUGGAUGUGGGAUGUGUUCCCAUGAGGACACGUCCAUGCUGCCUCCCACCUUUCCCAUGUGUGGGAUCGGUGUGGGCAGGGCCAGGCCAGUGACCACUUUCCUGGUGCCACUGUCUCCAGACAGGACUGAGCUCCAGAGGGCCAUGGAGCACAACAGCCGGCUGGACAAGGAGAUCCUGGCGCUGCGGGCGCGGGUCCAGACGCUCGACCUGGAGAGGAAAGCGUUCCUGGAGCUGGUGGAGCAGCUCAAGGAGGAGAUCUGUGAGUACCAGCGGAGCGAGAGGCCGGAGCCUCCACCGGCUGAGGGAGUCGGAGCAGCCUCACUGCAGGCACAGGGCACACGGGAAGAAGCAGGAGCCGAUGGAGACGCUGGUGCCAGCAGAGCUGCCCCGUAUCAGGAACAUGGAGAUCAGGGUGGUGAAAUUCUCCACAAAAGGUGCCGGGAAGCCGUGGAAAACAUCGAGGGCAGGAAUUCCCAGCUCCUUCACAAGCUGCAAAAACUGGAGCAGGAAUGCGAGGGUUUGGUUGAGCGCAAUGAGGAGCUGGAAUCAAUUCUGGGAGAGACACAGAUCCAAACCAAGCAAGAGAAGGAACAGCUGGAGAGCGAGGUGGAGGGACUGCACCAGAAAAUCACCAGUUUGGAGACAGAGUUGCUUGAGGUGCAGAAGAACAAAAGUGAGAUGAACGGGAACGAGCAGGUGGCGUCUGGAGCCCAGGAGAUGCAGGAGAUGUUGGAAAGCUGUCAGGAAACCAUAGACAAAUUGGGAAGUCAGCUGGGAGAGAGGAGAGAACGGAGAAAGCAACUGGCAUCUGAGCUGGAGUUGCUGCGGGAAGAUCUGAAGGCCGAGAAGGUGGUUCUGGGCAGCCAGGGGUUGCCUGACUCCCACUCUGAGCUCUCAAGCCACAGAAACACCUUCCCGAGUCUCCAGAGAACAUCAGCCAGCAGGGAUCUUGUGGAUGUCUCCCAUGAGAAGCUACACAAAGACAGUGCUUUGUUAGAUCCAGAGGCCUCUGAAAUCCUGCAAGACAGAGAACAGAGUCCCAAAGUGGAGCAGAAACAGGAAGAUCCCUGUGCAGAUGCAAAGACCUAUGAGGAACAGAUGGCUAAAGUAGUGUUUUUGGAAGAACAGAUCAAAAACCUGAGGGAAGAACAAGAACUGCUCUGCUCUGAAUUACUAGAGAGCAACAAGAAGAAGGAGGAACUGGAAAAGCAGCUCAAAGAGAGCAAUGAAGAGAAACGAAUGUUGCUGGAAGAAAUUGCCCAGCUCAAAUGUGACAUCCGGAGUGCCCGGGAGCAGGGCCCCAGCGGAGACAUGAGGAGGAUGAUCCCAGGCUUGGAGCAGAGGGAAAACAGGUUUCUCCCAUGGCAGAACUCGGCAGGCAGUUUAGAGGGGAGCCUUAAACAGGGUCUGUCCGAGGAGAGGUUCCAGCAGCAGGAGGAGAAGCUGCAGCAGCUGCGCCAAGAUCUGCGGCGGGUGCAGAACUUGUGCAGCUCCGCCGAGAGGGAGCUCAGGUAUGAGAGGGAGAAGAAUGCUGACCUCCAGAGGCAAAAUCUGCUGCUCCAGCAGGAAUGCACCAAGGUCAAAGCCGAGCUGAAGCAGGCCCGGGCCAAACUCUCAGACACCACAGAAACAUGUUCCUCCCUCUCAGCACAGUGGGAGAGGAGCCAGCAGAAGGUCAAGGAGCUGGAACUGGAGCUCUCCAAGUGCUCCCAGGCUGACAAGCUCCAGAGCAGCCUCCAGGAGAGGCUGGCCCAGGAGAAAUCCAGAGCAGGAGAAGCACAAAAGAAGAUCGCAAAACUCCAGCAAAAGCUGAAGGAUUCCCAGCACCAGCUGCUGCUGGCAGAGGCCCGUGUUUCUGAUAAGAAGCUUCUGGAGGAGGACCUGAAGGAAGCUCGGGAAAAUGAAGCUCGAGUGCAGCAGGAACUUCAUGAGGAGCAGCUGAAAAGGAGGCUGCUGGAGCAGCAGGUGGAGGAGCUGCGGCAGCAGCUCCGGCAUUCCCGGGAGACAGAGGCAUCGCUGGCCAAGAUGCAUGUGGAGCUCCAGGCCAAGACCCUGCACGUCCUGGAGGAUGAGAAGAAGCUGGAUGCUGAUGAGCAUGUGCAGUGCCAGAAGGAGAACCAGAAGCUCUCGGAGCAGCUGGCACUCCUGAAGGAGGAGAACAAAGCCCUGUAUGAGGAAGGUGUCCGGCUCCUGAACCAGAAGGAUCUCUAUGUCAGGAAAUACAACGAGAUGCAGCUCCGGCACAAGGGCAAGAUCCGCAGGGCCAAGGAGACCUUCAUCCACGAGGUGAAACAGAGGGACAGCAGGAUCAAACAGCUGGAAAAUGAGCUCAGUGAGUCGAAGCUCCAAGUGGAAAAGGGGAAGGUGCUGAUUGCCCAGAUCACUGCUGAGAAUGAGAAAUUACUCCAGGAGAGGCGACGGCUCCUACAAAGAAUAUCAGACCAGGAGGAGUCCCCUUUGAGCCUCCGGUCUGGGAUUCCUUCCCUGCAGAGCAGAGGGAAGAUCCUGGAGGAGGAGAAUGUUCGGCUGCAUGACAAGCUCCAGCUCUCCAGCCAUGUGGCCACCUCCCAGCACCUUCUCAGGAGCAGCCCUGCUCCCAACACAGAGGGCUCGAAGAUCAUUCCUGGCUCUGAACGCCAACCACAGAGUAAGGUGUUGCCACCUCCUCGUGCCAGCUUCCCACCCCGAGAUCUCCCAGAGCUCCUCGGCGCCCUGAAGGCCCCGCAGAACGCAAAGCCUGAGGGAGAGGCUGAAAGCCAGGACUCUUCCUUCUGCCUGUCCCCCUCACAGCCUUCGGAGAUCGGGUACCUGAAUGUGGCCUCUCCUGGGGAUACCCCAGCCCCCACAGCCUCACCACUGCAGGAUGAGAGCCAGAGCCUUGGCUCCGAGAACUUCUGAGCUGGGAAUGUUGGUGCAGCCUUACCUGGACUGCAGGAUUUGGGCUCCUGGGGCAACGGGAUGACAGAGCCUGCAAAGAGAAUUGCCAAAUGGACUGACUCCAUGAUUUCUGGGAUAUAUUCCAACUAAAUGAUUCCACAGGUUUUUUUUUUUUUUCACUUGCCCACCUGUAAGUGUGUGUGUGAUCCCAGAUCCACUGGAGGCUGGAAUUUGUAUAUAAACUCAGUACAAUGGAAGAGGGGUGGGGUGAAGAGUAUCUUCCCUCAACCCUAAUUCUCUGUCCAGUCCAGUCCAAAUCUAUACAUUUUAUAAAUAAAACUUGGAGAAGUUCCCUUUCA